AUGAAAUAUCCGGUGUAUGUCGGACUGUUCAGAGACAGCUGGGGGUGGUCAGAUGGGAGUGGUUUCUCUUUCAGACACUGGGAGGCGGUGCCUAACAAUCAGCAAGGCAACAACACAUGUGCAGCAACCAUGUUGAAAAACACAGGCAGGUGGAAAGAUUGUGACUGUGGUGAAAGAAAACCCUUCAUCUGCUAUGAUGAUAAAGUGAUCCUGAUCAAUGAAAACAAGACCUGGGUGGAGGCCUUAUAUUACUGCAGAGAGCACCACCAUGACCUGGUCUACAUCUCUAACCUUGAUGAGCAGAGAUGGGUCCAAGACAGAGCCAAGAAGGCCAACAGUCCCUACGUCUGGCUGGGACUGCGCUACACCUGCACUCUGGGUUUCUGGUUUUGGGUCAGCGACAACGUAGUCAGCUAUGAGAACUGGGCCCCGAAUGGAAAGCUUGAUGAGUGUGACAUGUCUGGAGCCAUGGACAGUGGGGGACAGCAUGACUGGACCAGUAAGCAGGAAAAUAUGAGGUUUAAUUUUAUCUGUUCUAAGGGUUAAAACCCAUUCUGCUCUCUGGUUAACAUACUCUGUAUUCAUCUAUGCACUUGAAUUUUUGGGUUUACUGAAUGGUAUUGUGGGAAAUUUAGAUAUUACUUCCUGAGGAGGAGAAAAAUAAAACUACAAACCGAUGUAAUAGCAGCAGGUUACAAAGAAAAAUGGCCACAGUUACAGUAAGUCAAACACAAAGUACUGAGUACAUUUACAGCUGUAUCACUGAAUAAUUCAAUCUGAAGUAACCAUGUAAACAUAUUUUCAAUCUCCUUGUCAUAUGUUAUCAACUCCUCACCAUCUGUAGAUGCUAACAUGCAGUGAUCAUUAGUUCAUUUUAUAUAUUUUUAAGGGUAGAUUUUCUUUCUUUUUGGAAUUUGUAUCCUGUGUAAUAUAAUAUUAUUCACAUCACUGACUUUGCCUAUCUCUACUAGUGUUAUAGUGUUAAAUUCUGGUUAUAUUAUAUUAGAAUAUGUUUAUG